AGGGAUCAUUGUGUUAGCCUGAUAGGGAUCACUAAAGGAUACUAAACGUUACAGGACAAGGAGCAGUCUCUAUACACUGCCAUCAUGACAGAUGAAGAGGGUGUUAAGAAGGUCAAGUCAAAGGAAGUCUGUGGCUAUCCCCUCAGCAUAUUCUUCAUUGUUGUAAAUGAGUUCUGCGAGAGAUUCUCCUACUAUGGCAUGCGAGCUGUGCUGGUGCUGUACUUCAGGUACUUCCUCCGGUUUGAUGAUGACCUGGCCACCUCCAUCUACCACACCUUUGUGGCUCUGUGCUACCUGACUCCCAUCCUGGGAGCCAUUAUAGCAGACUCCUGGCUGGGCAAGUUUAAGACCAUCAUCUACUUGUCCAUUGUCUAUGCAAUUGGCCAGGUUGUGAUGGCAGUCAGCGCCGUUCAUGACAUCACGGACACAGACAGAGAUGGAACGCCAGACAACUUGACCUUGCAUAUUGUGUUGUCCAUGGUGGGCCUGCUGCUCAUUGCGCUGGGUACAGGUGGUAUCAAACCAUGUGUAGCUGCUUUUGGAGGAGACCAGUUUCAGGACCACCAGGCGAAACAGAGGAGCACUUUCUUCUCUGUUUUCUACCUGUGUAUCAAUGGUGGGAGUCUCCUGUCUACUAUCAUCACACCAAUCCUCAGAGGCCAGGAGUGUGGCAUCCACAGCCAGCAGAAGUGUUACCCUCUGGCAUUUGGUGUCCCUGCUGCGCUCAUGGUGGUCGCCCUUGUCGUGUUCAUAAUUGGAAGUGGUAUGUACCAUAAGACUGAACCGCAGGGAAACAUUAUGCUGGAUGUUUGUAAAUGUAUUGGGUUUGCAGUAAAGAACCGCUUCAGGCACAGGAGUAGCUCCUACCCGAAGAGAACGCACUGGAUGGACUGGGCCGAAGAGAAAUAUGAGAAACUCCUCAUUGCUCAGAUAAAGAUGGUGCUGAAGGUCUUAUUUCUGUACAUUCCCCUUCCCAUGUUCUGGACCCUAUUUGACCAAAAGGGCUCUAGGUGGACUCUUCAGGCCACCACCAUGGAUGGGAACUUUGGGUUCCUCAUUCUGCAGCCUGAUCAAAUGCAGACUGUCAACCCCAUCCUGAUCCUGACUCUGGUACCUAUCAUGGACAGUGUGGUGUACCCACUGAUAAAGAAAUGUGGCCUGAACUUCACUCCUUUGAGGAGAAUGACAGUGGGGAUGUUUUUUGCAGCUAUGGCCUUUGUUGCUGCAGCUUUGGUACAGAUCCAGAUUGAUAAAACCUUGCCAACCUUCCCUUCAUCCUCCCAGAGCCAAUUAAAAUUACUCAACAUGGGCAGUAACCCCUUGAAUGUUACCCUACCCAAUAAUGAUCCCUUAAUGAUUGAAGCAGCUCAGGCUAGUGCAAAUUACCUUACAUUUGAAGAAGAAAGCAUCAAAGUUUCAUUUCAGAAUCCUGCAAUAUCUAGGACUAUUUCCUUAGCAAAGGAAAAGCGGCAAACACUUCUAAUCCCCUCAAACCUCAGUGCCCCAAUGUGGGAGGUGACUGACGAUUUGAUGGCAAAGCCAGAGCAAGGGGCCAAUGCAAUCAGAUUUGUUAAUGGGAUGGCUGGAGCGGUGAAUGUGUCAACUUUUGGAACCAUUGACUACUCCUCUGCUUCCAACUACUCUCUCAUAUCAAAUGGAAAAACCACCUUCACCAUUACCAGUGGUGCAAACACAUGUGAAUACUCCAGAGAAUUUGGAUUCGGAAGUUCUUACACUAUCCUUAUACCCAGUGAUUUCUCAUGGGGCGUGAGUUGCUGGGAAUCCAUUUCUGUGGUUGAGGACAUCCAGCCCAACUCCUUCCAUAUGGGCUGGCAGAUCCCACAGUACUUCCUCAUUACCUGUGGAGAGGUGGUGUUCUCUGUUACUGGCCUGGAGUUCUCUUACUCACAGGCACCGAGCAACAUGAAGGCAGUGCUGCAAGCAGGCUGGCUGUUCACUGUAGCUAUUGGCAACUUUAUUGUGCUUAUUGUGGCUGAGAUUGCACAGAUCGAAGAACAGUGGGCAGAGUUUAUCCUCUUCGCCUCCCUCCUAGUGGCAGUGUGUGUCAUCUUCUCCAUCAUGGCCUAUUUCUAUACCUACAUAGACCCUGUAGAGAUCGAGGCCCAGUUCAGGGACAAAGGCAGUAAGGAAGAAUCAGACAAAGAGGAGCUUCAAAUGCAGAAGAAAGAUUCCAUAGCCCAUCACAAUGAAGAUGAUGAACCCAAACACACCAAAAUGUAAAUGUCUGUAAAUGUGCAUAAUUAUCUGUGUGUGUGUGUGUGUGUGUGUGUGUGUGUGUGUG